AUGGGUGCGUCGGUUGUGAUUACUGGUAGAGAUACCAAGCGUAUAGACGCUGUAAUCGCCCGGUGCCUCAACAACAGCAGCAGUCAACCAGCAACCGAUAUCACCAAACAACAUGAUGGUGACCACCACCGUCGGCGCCAUCAAAAAGCUAUCGGUGUUAAAGCCGAUCUUUCGCUGGACACGGAUAUCAAUUUACUAAUCGAACGAGUGUCGGCCGAGUUUGGCGGCCAAUUGGAUAUACUGGUCAACAAUGCUGGCGGUUCAACGGUGGCCAGUUUUGUUGAUGCCAAUUGUAUCAAUCUAUUAGACCAGGAGCUCAAGAUUUUAAGAGGCCAUCAACUGUUAACCAAAUUGUUAAUACCAUUGUUGACGGCCAGCACCCGAGGUAGUAGUAUUGUCAACGUCUCGGCUACCACUGAAAGACCCAGCUAUGAAGUAUUAGCCAAUAUGUUGUGUAAAUCCAGUUUAGAUAUGUUUACCAAAUGUCUGGCCCUGGAGUUGGCACCCAAAGGCGUACGGGUUAAUUGUGUCGGUGCCGGUACAAUACUUACACCGAUGGUACUCAAUAAUCCAGUUUACAAUCGGUUAGUAUUUUCGGCCGAAUUUUUGCAAACAAUACCAUUAGGACGUCCGGCUACGGCCGAUGAAGUGGUCAAUGCGAUAGUAUUUUUGGCGGUCACACCUACGUGUGCGGUCAGUGGCGGCAGUUUUGUUAACGGUAUUAAGUUAAACGUAACGGGCGGUCAGUUUUUAUAA